UUCGUUGAAGAUUCUUUAGUGAGUCUCUUUUUGUGAUAAAUGUGUUAUUUUCAUUAAGUUUAACAUUGGUGCUAUCAGAGCGUAAAGAGGGGGCUUUUAGGAGCGCCUGAAAUCAGCAAAAGGUUUUAAAAUACUGAUCUUGCUCUCGCUAACACUGUUUUUGGAUUAGUUUUACGACCCAUCAGGUACGUACAAAUGUCAACAAUGAAUUAUUUAUCCUAUCUUGUACUGUAUCGCAUAUGUGGAUGUGUUUUAUGCCUUAUACAAAUGUGCAUGUGCUUUUCUUUCGAGGCGGUAUUCAAGAAGCCAGGUCAUUGUCUCUUUUUUUUUUUCGAAUGAAGUUCCUUUUAACGUAUUUACUAUCUCCUUUUUGGUAAGAAGCUAUGUCAAAAUCAUGAGAUCCUCUUGUUAAUUCCAACUUUUUUUUUUCAAUAAUACACAUAGGUUACCUAAAGUUGAAAGAGGCGAAAAAGAGACAUUUUGAAAGCCAGUUAUCUUUUGAAGAAGCGUUAAAAAAACUUCAUUUUUUCUUGCUAUCAAUGAAAAAUGAUAGAGAGAUUCUUUACUUUAGAAAUGUCACUGUGUUGAGCAGGUGUAAUAUGAAGACCACAAGUCACAUUUUUAGUUCCCAGCUGCAGAAAUCCCUUGCAGAUUAGAAUCAUUGCUGAAAAUAAUGAAAAAAGAAUAAGCAAUACUUAAAUCGUUGUUGGAAGUCACCUGAAUUAUUUUGUAAAAUAACGCUGAGGUGUAUAUUUGAAAAUUCAAAAAUAGUGGAAGAAGGCUAAGCCAGUUUGACCUCUUUCUUGCAAUCUUGUCUGAGACUUGUCAUAUGUUUGAUUUAGGAGCAGCCACUAAAUGUACAGUCAUUGAACAUCGAUGAAUGUUUCAUUUACCUCCUGAUCUUUUAAAAUUUCUCUGGUAAGUGUACCAUGAAUCACCAAAGUUUCUAUUCACUGCAGAUAGAUAAUUUCUUAAUUUAUUUCGAAUGGGUUAUUACUUAACUAAAUUAAACUUGUAACAAUCAGUGUAUUUCAUAUCUUCCAUCUGAAUGUUUGAUGUACAGAUUUGUGUUUCUCAGAAAUUGACAAAUCUUUUAGCUUUUCCUUCUUCUUCAAAUAUAUAUUAGGAAUAGUCCUAAUUUUGCAUAAUAGCAGAAAUAGCAGGUGGAGGAUUAAUUAUCCCUUUCUUCCUAGUUGGCUAUAGAUUAUUGUGGAAAAUCAAAAACUGAGUCACACAACAUGUUAGUAUGACUAAAAAAACCCCUUAAUUUAUCAUGACUAAAAAUCACAUUUUUAAAGGAAAUUUAGAACUAUAAGCUGUUGAAUUCCACAACUUUAUUUUCCUGUUUUGUCAUUUGUCCAAGCUGACUGGUUGUGGUGUAUAUUUUUCUGAGCAUUAAAGUAACAGUAUGCAGUAAAGAAUCUUAUUUUUUGUGAAUGUUUGAGAGGUACUUUUUUUUUUGGAAAAUCAUUACUUUCAGUGGCAAUUGUUGAUUUCUUCUGAACCUAUUUUACAAAGAAUCAAGACAUUGUUAAUAUGUUAAAUUGAAUGGAAGUAGAAAAUCAUUCAUGUGGUGCAGUGUUUCUUCUUGAAUGAAGUAGAAAAAAAUUUGAAAAUGAAUGCAAGACUUGGUUGAGAGAAUAGCAGAACAAUCUAAAAGAAUAUUAACACAAAGAAAAUUCAGGUGGUGAAUUGCACCCCUGUGAAGAGGUUUUGUAUUUGAAAGAAUAAAUGAUUAUGACAAUGUUUUAUCUCAGCCACUUAAUGCUUAACUUUUUUAGUCAUUAUGCAUGUGUAUUAGUAGUCAAUCUUGAUAAAUAAUCCUGAUGUCAGGCCUUAAAUCUCUACUAAUUGUCGGACUUAGUGAUUCUAUUGAAGUGUCAAAGGGUUGUGAAAGGAUUGGAUGAAUAUCUGCAAGGUUUGUAGAAAAUAAUCUGGGUGAGUGUAUUCUAAGUGUCACUUGUCACAGACAAGUGCAAGUUUCAAAAAUUAAUUUUCUAGCACUGGGUAAUUUUUCUAUGGUGUUGAAACAAUUUUUUCCUCUUUGCCAGUAGUGUCUGUCUGAGAAAAUUUGUGCCAAUUCCCUUUAUCUGGAUGUGUUUUGUACAUACUAGGUUAAAAUGACUGUAAACUAAUUAAGGUAACAUUCCAAAAUUUAGUCAAGUUUUUUCCAAUCAUCUAGCAGCAACUAACCUGAUCAUGAUGGCCAAAUCACACUUUCAGAUAAGGCAUGCAUAGUAAAUGUUACAAUCAUGAUUUACAUAUGUACCAGAAUAAUAAAAGAAAACUGGAAAGGAAUUGAACAUUACAGUAGAGGAGAAAUUUUGAGUUCAUAAAUUAUGCCAAUGUGCACAUGCACAUGCCUAUCAACCUGUUAGACACUCUUUUAGACACUUUGUUUCUUCAUCAAACACAAGGCCAGAUCAAAGCUUUAGUGAGACAGAAAGCCCACAGAGGGAGGCAUUUUGGAACCGGCUAACAGCCUUGAAUUCUUCAUAAAUCACCAUUUUUGGGCUUGAAAUGAGGGCCCAUUUCAAGACUGAAAGAAAUUGUAAAGAAAUAUUGGAGUAAUCUGGCCAAUUAAAAGGAAAGUGACCUUACUAAAAAGAAAGUGUGGGAACUAUGAAAUUUAAAAGAGAACAUAGCUAUUUUGUUCAUGAUUGUUAUGUUUCUCUAGUAUUCCUUUUGUUUCAACACUUCCUGUAUAAAGACAAAAAAAUUAGUAGAUGAGUAUGUUGCGUUAGUGCCAUUCAGUUGUUAACUUAACUACAAAUUAAAUAUUGGGAAUUUUAUUCCCAAAAAGAUACUAAUAAGAUUUAUAAUCAUGUUAGCAUGAACUAGUCAAUGACUAUCUUUUGUUGUUCAUUACUAAUAGUGUUUUCAAAUGGAAAUAGUUUGUCAGCAUGGGUGCCUGAUGUCUUAUUUUAUUGCCUAUCAAUAAUGUGACCUUUAAGGUUCAAGACCAAACUUCAGAUUUUGUUGUGCUACUCUCAAUUGCAACAGAUAUCUGAAAGCAGAAACAGACAAAAUUGAUUGAAAUUCUCCAAUCACAACUCUGACCUGUAAUCUUUCUAAUCCUCUGAAGCAGUGUACAUGUUUUUUGGUGAGAUCUGCGAGGUGAUGUUGGCAAAUUUCAUUUUAGUUGUGCUUCUUAUUAAGGAGCAUAGAACACUGCCAACUUCACUUCCCUGACAUAUCAAUUUGAAUUGUUUUUUCUUUGUCUUAUAGUGUUCAAUAGCAAGUUUGUAAAACUGAACUACACUGCUAAUGUUGCCCUUGAAUAAUGAUCAUGAAUAACUCAGUGGCCUUGGUGGCUGGCUUAGCAACAGGUAUCCCUGUAGUUGUUCUUGUGUCAAUUUACAUGGUGUAUUGCUGCUGUCGGCGGAAGCAGCAAGAUCUGCAAGAACCUCGUUUGUGGAGGAUCAAAGAUACUUCCCAUGAUCCAUAUAUUCCACCUUUUGUACCAAGAAUUGUACAGAAAUUUGUCCAACAUUCUCAUCAAGGAACUCGUAAUAGUAGUAGUGCAACGUCUGCUCAGACUUCACCUUUAGAAGACAAAUCAUUUUUCAGUGAAGAUUCUGGCUCAUAUCGAACAGCACCUGAUGAUGCUGGAAUUCCAGAAAAGAGACAUAGUUUGGGUAGUUUUGAGGCACUUAAUGUGCCCACAAUUAGACGAUCAUCCCUUCUUCAACUUACUACCUCAAGUGGAGACAGUUCAGAAAGCAUUUAUGAGCAAAGAAAGAGCUCAGAUGUCAAAUCUCCUAAGAGUUUCCCUAAAAGCAGCAGCAAGUCUUUUGAAUUUGUGAGGCCAAUUCCAGUUAAACCACUCAUAACAAUUACCAGAGUAGAAUCUAAGGAUGACAUGAGCACUAAAGUGCUUGUAGGUGAUGUAGAUCCAAAUGGCCAGAGUCAUUCAGACUCACAAGUCCUGCCUGUUAGGAAGCCACCUAAACCUUCUCGUAGUUUGGAUAAUGUCUCUGUUCCAUCAAGGGCAAGCAAAGAGAGGAAGGGAAGUACUGAUAGGAAUUUGGCAGAAGGGAGAAAAGCAAGUGGCGACACUGAAGGGGAAGUAAAAGUUAAACAAGGAACUCUUGCCAAGAUUCCUGUGAACAUUCCAUCCCAAGUCAUUCAUUCACAUAAAGAGACAAGAAGAAGGAGCUCACACAGUGGUCUAGGAAGAUUAAAUGUGUCAUUACAAUACAAACAGACCACCUGUGACCUAUUUAUAAAGAUCCUCCAAGCAAGAGAACUUCCUGCUAAAGACCUACGUAACAACACAUCUUCCCCAUAUGUUAGGGUCUAUGCACUCCCAACACGGAGACAUAACCACAGAACAACAGUUAUUGAAAAGAACCUGCAUCCAGUAUGGAAUGAAUUGUUUAUUAUCAGUGGACUCACUCUAUCUGAAAUUCGACAACUUGCAUUACAUUUUCUAGUCAUACAUCACCAGCCAGUGUCACGCAAUGUUGUUAUUGGAGAGGUGAUGAUGACAUUAGGUGGGUUGGACCUAACUGGAGGAGAAGUGAAUGUUUGGAGAGAAAUCAGACCUCAUCAGUUUCAAAAUAUUCUUGGUGAUUUGCAUGUGUCUGUUUGUCAUCAACCACUGUCAAGUAAACUGUCCGUAACUGUGUUAGAAGCAAAAAACCUGCCAAAAAUUAGCAGUCUCAACAUAGGAGAUCCAUAUGUCAAGGUAGAAUUGUUCUCUUCAAACCGCCGUGUUGCUAAGAAGAAAACGCGUGUGAAAAAGAAAACAGUAAACCCAAAGUUUGCUCAGACCUUUACAUUUGACCUGGGAGGAAAGAUGGCACUUGAUCACAUGACCAUGAUGUUUACUGUACUAGUUCAGGAUUCAAGUGGAUGCCAUGAACGGAUUGGCCAAGUGGUGUUGAGCACAGCAGCAGGUGAUGGGCCAGAGUUUGAUCACUGGAGUCAGGUGAUUUGUAAUCCACACUGCCCUAUUGACCAGUGGCAUAUGAUACAUGAAUAGUUCAUCUGCAAUCUGUGUAAAAAUGUUGGUAUAAAUUAUCAAGAGUUACAUUGAAGACACAGAUUCCCACAAUACUGUAGCUCAUAACUUAUUCAGUAAUGUAACGGAAUGGCACUAAAGUAUAAAAACUUUAUUAUUAAGUCUAAGAUACUGGAGGCUUUCAGGAUAGAUGGAUAUUAUUAUCUAGUGGAUAAAUGCCAACAUGAAAAACUUAGCUUUUCACUAGUUAGUGAUUUAUGUUGUGCAAAUGGAUAUUGUCCACGCUUCAAAUAACCAUACAGGAUAAUGUGUUGUGGUAAUCUGUGCAUUAUUUGUUAUAUUCUUCAUUUCUCCCAUUAUGUCUUAAAUGUUGUUAACUGAACCAAAUUGUUGUUGUUGUGAUAACAAUUGAGCCGUUUUCAACCAGAUCUACACUUCAAUUCUUGAUCAGCAUACUCUAGUGUUGUCUCAAAAUAACCGCAGUGUUGAGUACUACGUUGCAUUUACCAGGAGGGGUUCUAGUCUAUAUCUCUUUGUCCUAUGAGAACUAUGGAAAAAUAUCAAGCAAUGCGUCACUUACCCUUUAAAAACCAGUGAGAACUCUCCUCAAAUGAAUUAGAUUCCUUUACCUCACUUUAUUUUUUGGUGUCAUACUUAAUAGUAGGUUCUUUUGGAUUAACAGUUUUAAUUACUCUUCUAACACUCUGCGGCUAUUGUUGAAUAGUUACUUUGAUAAAGUCAGAAGUAUUAUUCGGUAUUUUUAGUGACUUCUGGGUGACUACACGGCCUUACGUUUCAGUUUGUUCAGAAGUUUGCUAGUUUAAACAUCGAUCUUUUGUGAAAAUGUCUCUGAACUAUCAUGCUUUAUAUUAGGGAGAAGCAUUCCUCAUAACUGUUCGAUACUUUAAACAAACAAGAAAUACAUCUCUCUCAUCUUGUUACCUAAGACCUCGAGAGGACGGAAUUUAGUGUUUAGUCACCCCAAGACGAUUUUAUCCGUUUUCAAAUGUGCAAACUCCAAGUUACACUUUCAUGUGAUUUACCCAGUUGAACAUUAAAGGAUUUAUGAAAAAAAUUGCUCCUCUCGACGCUAGACCUGCGAAAUUGGUGUAUGAAGGAGUUAUUGGGUGCUCUUAAACAUAUCUGGUAUGACUGUCUUGCUCGUUUGAGAUGUAGGCCAAGUGUUCUAUUCAAUGAUUACGUUCUAAAUUUUACACGCUUCUGAUGAAAGCCCCUCUUCUCUUAGUACUUGAGGUGGGUAGAAAAUACGUUAUAGGGAAUGAGGUGUUUCCCUUUUUGAUGCUGUAGGUAUCGACAUACAAAGUACAAAUUCUGAGCAAACACAUUACUUGAGAACAAACCCGUGAUGGAAGAAAUAAACAGAUUAUUUAUUUUGAAAUAAAUUUGAAAGUCGUCAUUUUAAUGAGAUAAAGGUAUAUAAGUAGUUAUUUAUUAGUAAGACACUAUUCAAUAUCUUAUUUAGUUUAUUAAACUGAUGGAACGAAGUUGAUAUAUUGUGGAUGAAAUAAAUUUAUUUGGCGUUAUA